AUGAUGACGCCUCCUUGGUCCCUUGUUUGUCUCGCCGUGACACUUACUGCCGUCUCUUCACAAUACCUACUCGAUGGGAAAGAAAAUGAAAAACGAAACGAGUUUUCACGAGACAUAAUGCACUUCGGUAAGCGAGCAGCUCCGGGAGCUCGCUUGUCCAACUUCGAUAGCUCUUAUCCUGGUUUCGAGCGAGACAUGAUGUCAUUUGGUAAACGAGCAGGAUUCGAAAGGGAUAUUAUGAGCUUUGGCAAGAGAUCACCGGUAAGUGGCUGUAAAGCAAUUUCAUAUCUCGUAUUUUCUGUUUAUCUCCAUUAA